UCAGAGAAUAACAACAGUGAAGGGUUGAGUCAAAAUUUGUGACAUGAUGAGUGGUGUUAUAGUUAUAGAAGGGAUCUCCAACUCCAGAGUGGUGUAAUUGUAACACACCACACGACAGCACCGUGUUUGGAAGAAGAAGAAGCACACCGACACAGUGCACAUGAAGAGGCACUGGCGUAACAGGAGCCACGACGACGAUGGCCUCCCAGAUUCGGAUUCCGACACGCGCUCCAGCCGGAGAUUCCCUCUCACGCGCCUCAUGGCACUCUUUUUCUUCUCCAUCUUCCUCUUCUCCCUCACCUUCCUUCUCCCACACCCUCCCAUCCAAUCAGCUUCCACAGCAAAGACUCUGCUCCAACUCAAACAAACUCAACAAGGUGACGUUUCUGAUUCUGUUGAGUUGCAAAAAGAUAAACUACUUGGUGGCCUUUUAGCAGAUGGAUUUGAUGAACAAUCUUGUCUCAGCAGGUAUCAUUCGGCCACAUAUAGCAAAGGACUAUCGGGAAAUCCUUCAUCUUACCUCAUUUCUAGAUUGAGAAAAUAUGAAGCUCUCCACAAAAAAUGUGGACCUUACACUGAAUCCUAUAACAAAACGGUGAAAGAUCUCAGGUCAGGACAUGUAAGUGAGUCCCCAGAAUGUAAAUAUGUGGUAUGGAUUUCAUAUAGUGGGUUAGGGAAUAGGAUAUUGACCUUAGCUUCUGUGUUUCUAUACGCUCUCCUCACGGAUCGUGUUCUAUUGGUUGAUCCUGGAGUUGACAUGGGGGAUCUUUUUUGCGAACCGUUUCCACAUGUUUCCUGGCUUCUCCCUCCUAAUUUCCCUCUCAACAGUCAAUUUCCCAAUUUUGGUCAGAAAUCUGAUCAGUGUUAUGGGCAAAUGCUAAAAAAUAAAUCAACCACAAACUCCAUGGUACCCUCUUUUGUCUACCUUCAUCUAGCACAUGACUAUGAUGAUCAGGACAAACUUUUCUUCUGUGAUGAAGACCAAGCUUUUCUUCAGAAAGUUCCAUGGUUAGUGGUAAGGACAGAUAACUAUUUUGUCCCAUCUCUAUUCUUGAUGCCAUCUUUUGAGAAGCAACUAAGUGAUCUCUUCCCAAACAAGGAAACAGUUUUUCAUUUCUUGGGUAGAUAUCUGUUCCACCCCACCAACAAAGUAUGGGGACUUGUUAGCAGAUAUUAUCAAGCUUAUUUAGCUAAGGUUGAUGAAAGAGUAGGCAUCCAGAUAAGAGUUUUUGACACUGGAACUGGUCCAUUUCAACAUGUGUUGGAUCAGAUCUUAGCUUGCACUUUGAAGGAGAAUCUUUUGCCUGAUGUUAACCGAAAGGGGGAUAUUGUCAAUUCAUUGGCAAAGCCGAAGUCAAAAGCUGUGCUGAUGACUUCCUUGAGCUCUGGUUAUUUUGACAUGGUGAGAGACAUGUUUUUGGAACAUCCUACUGUGACAGGAGAAGUUGUUGGCAUUUACCAGCCAAGCCAUGAAGGGCAUCAACAAACAGAGAAGAAGAUGCACAACCAAAAAGCUUGGGCCGAAAUGUACCUCUUGAGCUUGACCGACAUGUUGGUCACGAGCUCAUGGUCUACUUUCGGCUACGUAGCUCAGGGGCUUGGAGGGUUGAAACCGUGGAUACUGUACAAGCCCGAGAAUGGAACAGCUCCUGAUCCUCCUUGUCAACGUGCCAUGUCGAUGGAGCCGUGCUUCCAUGCUCCUCCCUUCUAUGAUUGCAAAGCUAAGAGAGGAACUGAUACUGGUGCACUUGUUCCACAUGUAAGGCACUGUGAGGAUAUGAGCUGGGGUCUUAAGCUUGUAGACAGUAAUAGUUGGCAAUAAGUAGCUAUGGUCAUGAAUGCUGUCAUGACUGUCAAAACUAGCUUACAAGUUUUGCAAAUUUUGUUGUACGAUAGAAUUGUUAUUGAUUUUAAAUUUAUAUGAUUUCAUACAGAAACCACAAAACAAAAAACUCUCUCUGUCAUCACUAUUUUACGGUUAUUGAGUGCAUGAUAUAUUAGCA